GCACGUUUCGCACACACAAAUCACACACACACGCACGCACGCACGCUCACACGAGCAUGACAGCUGCGCCUGUGACGUGUGCGUUCCUGGCGAGGGCGGCGAGCUUGCUGCUGGCAGAGGGCGGUGGGGCAGAGAUGGCACGGCACAUGCUGGCGCCGCUCGGGCACAUGGUGGAGGAGAGUGCGGAGAAGGACGAGGAGAGUGCUUCCAAAAGCAAGGCAGCCAAGAAGAACAAGAAGAAAGGCAAGAAGCAUCAGCAGCAAAGCGGUGGGGGAGGUGGUGAUGGUGGUGCAAAGGAGCACACGCGCACGGGUUGGCUCAGCGCAUCAAUACCAGCACCAACACCGUCACCAACACCAGCACCAGCACGAGCACUCGUGUCAACUGUGGGAAGGGAAACCAUGGCGAGUAGCAGAGGUGACAACUCAGAUGCGGGCGCCUCGACCACGGCACAAUUAUUUGCAGCGAUGUCUGCGAAGGGGGACUGUGCGCUUCAUGGCGACGCGAAGCAGCAGUUCUGCCAAAGAUGUGGGUCCGUCUUUGCAGCGCACCCGCCCCGGUGUGUACGAGCACGCCGGCGCCACCAAGCCACGCCUGUCGUGAAGGUUGUGUGCUCGCAGUGCGGAAUGCGGUGCUGGCAAGGCAGAGCGCCACGCACAGCAAGGCGAAUUCUGCGUCGCGGCAACAAGGCGGCCGCUGCGAGCGUCAAGCUUGCGGCGGCAAAAGGAACACACGCGCCUGCAACAACUGGCGCCAGUAAUAAUGGCCAGCUUCAAGCCGGCGCUGCAGCGCUGCAGCAUGACCCGAGCGUGACGCACCCGUCCCCAGCUGACAAGCCCACACCAAGAUCAGAACAGCGGCAACAACAACCGGUGUCAAGCAAGGCGGCCACGAAGAAAGACAGGAAGCGGCAGGAACGCAACAAGCAGAAGUUAGCUCUGAAGCAGUUGCUGGGACAAGCCGUCGCCAAGGAACAGCAACAACAAGGCGGCAAGAACGGCAAAGGAAAGAACAAGAAAAAGAAGAAGAAGAAAGGUGGCGGUGGCGGUCAGGGCUUGACCCUGGCGGAUGUGUUGCAGUCGUGCUGAGUGGAGCGCAUGGCUGAAGGUGUGUUGGUGGUGGUGGUGGUGUUGGGGGUUUAGGAGAGGUUGGCAGUGGUGUGUGUGUGUGUGUGUGUGUUGCUGUGUGUGUGUGUGUGUUGCUGCGUGUGAGUUGUAUUCAGAAGCCGGCUAGGCGGUUGCAUUUAUUGGUUUGAGGCCUUCAUCGAAGAGGACUUCAUCUUGCUUAAACAGACAGAAUCACUGAGGUAGACACGAG